AUGACGCUUGAUGCUCAGAUCGAACAACUCAUUGCUGAGGCUGAAGGCCUUGAGAUCAAAGCGGAGAAUGGCGAUCAGGCUCUAUACUCAGGUGCCAUUAGAGCAUGGGAGGAAGCGACCCUUAUAGCCGAAAAUCAUUACGGCAAUUCCAGUGUGGAGACUUUAAACUUACGGGAAUGCCUGGCGGACAGUCUCAGGAAUGCUAAGGAUUUUCCAAAGGCGAUAAUGUGCGAGCUGAAAAAUGAGCAGUGGACUCUCGAGAACUACAAGCAGUGUCAGAGUCCGUCUCGAGAGAUUAGCGCCUUGGCCCGGGAUGCUAAAGAAAGGCAUCUGAACGCUCAAAGACGACUAGCAAGGACCUAUUUAGAGAGUAAACAGUAUCCGGAAGCGAUCCGAUGGUUCCGAGCAGUUGUCAACGAUAGAAACAUACCAAGGUCAGCUGAGCAAAGAUGUAAAGACCGAGUAGAUCUUGCUUCGGCUUUGUACACAUCUGGUAGGGACCAAGACAUCAUCCGCGACAUCAUGGAAGCGAUAGACCUGAACAUUGAGACCUUGGGAAGAGCAGAUGCGAGUCUAGGAAAAGAUCAUAUCGAGUCUGUGAACAUCAGAUACAACCUAGGCAGGGAGUUGUAUGGUCUGAAGAAGUAUGGCGACGCACUGGAGAAGUUUCGCGAGGUAGUCGAAAUUCUCCAGUUAAAAGACUGCAAAGCCAGAUCAGCGCCUAAAUAUCAAGAUUAUCUCGAAGAUGCAGAGUUCUCGCUUAAGAACUGCAAGACCAAAAUCGCUCGACAAGAAAAGGCAAGACGCCGGAUUGCCUCAGAGAAAGAAGAGGAGCUCAAGAUACAGAAAGCUGAACAGAAGCGAGCUCAAGAGGCUGUUGCCCAACAAGAAGAGGUUGCUAGAUAUGUGCGAUUGCGAAUAGCGGAAGAAGAAAAACGGAAACAGGACGAAGAUGCAAAGAAGCAGACGCGAGCGAGGGAGAUGAUUGUCCAGCAAGAAGAAGAAGAAGCAAAGAAGGUUCGAGCGCGCUUAGCAAAAGAAGAGAAGAGAGAACAGGAAGAAUCCGCAAGGCGAUCAGCUGCAGAAGAGGCGUUAAGAGUACAAAAAGAAGAGGCCAAGCGAAUACAAAUGCGGGAAGAAAAGAGGGAGAGAAGGAAGCAGAAAGAGUUAGCAAAGCAAUCAGCAGAGAAGAAACGAACAGGGGAAGAAGAAGUCAUAAGAAGGAUAGAGACAUUGGAACCAGAGAAGAAAAAGCGUAAUGAUGGAGAUCGGAAGGGAUUAGCAGUACAAAAGCAAGUAGAAGAGCAGUCAAAGAUUCACCGAGAAGUAGUAAGCACAGAGAUCCAAGGACGCGGCCAAGAGGUUGACAAGCAGAAAGUCACUCGCAAGAACAAUCGUAGCUCUGGUGGACAGGAUACGAAGAGUGAGAAUAGUAGCCGGAGGCAGUCCGAUGUAGGGAAAGAGACUUCGAGCCCACCAGACUCAUCAAGAGCAAGUCCAAGAUCCUCCAAGCGAACUCUGAAUGGUACGACGAGAUCUUCAUCGAACGUAGAUUCUGUCUCUGACCGUCCGCGUACGAAAGAGACAUCGAAGGACUCUUCGGCCCAAUCCCCGAAGACUGAGCCACCGACACACCGACGCUCUGCUUCAGCUGUCUCCCAGUCUUCAGGUUUCACCGGAUCAAAACUCGGGGAGGCCGACCGGAGGGACUCUACAUCUGAUCGGCUGCGUGGUAAGGAUCUAUCCAAGAGGUCACUAGCAACCGAGUCGAAGAAUGAGCCACCAACACGCCCGCGUUCAGCCUCUGCCAUCAUCCACAGUUCGGGCCAUACUGAAGAAAGACCAAAAGAGUUUGAACGAAGGAGUUCUAGUCGGAGCGAAGUUGUAGACCGAUGCCAAAGCGCUACCCCUGACAAGGGGCGCCGUCCACCCUCUGCCGUCUCCCGCUAUUCAGAUCGUACUGGAAAGAAAGUGAUAGAGCUAGAGAGAGUGAGCUCUACACGGAGGGACAAGGCGCGCACUACAUCUCUGGAUAGAAAAGGGGAAGGGAAAACUGAAGCGAAGAAAGCGCAAGCACCGUCGAAACCAGAGGGUGCAGUGGUCAUACAAGACAAAAAACGUGAACGAGGGGAUGAUAAGGAGAAGGCAGGCAGUGACAGUUCGACCGCAUGGAGACCGCAAACUUCGGACGAUUCGGCACGAGCCAGCAGAAGAGGUUCGGUAGAUGCAGAAAGAAGAGAUUCGGACAGUUUGAAGACACCCGUGGGCCGCAGCAAACGCCGUUCAGAACAGCCUUCACCCACUUCAGAACCAAACGAAAGGCAAGACUCUGAACCGAAGGUCACUUCGAAUCGCGCGCGUCCAAGGGAUGAGAGGGUAUCGCGAACGGUUUCGGCACCCUCAAUAACGGUAACAGAGCCUGCGCCUUCGAGACACGCCGCGAAACGGAAGCAAGACCAAGAGCAACCUAUUGUCGACGUAGAAGCCCGAAUCAAGACCGAAAGAGAAAGGCCUAGGAGCUCACAGUCCAACUAUGAGGUAGCUUCUUCAACCUCAGAUACCGCAAGAAAACAAAAGUCUCGUUCUGCGUCGACUGGUUCGAGGAAGGCGGAAGAGAAACGCCGGGAACAGGACGAAGAUGCAAAGAAGCCGGCGCAAGCGGGAGAAAUGAUUACCCAGCAAGAGGGGAAAGAAGCAAAGAAGAUUUUGGAGCGCCAAGAUAAGGAGGAGGAAAGACAACAGGAGGAAGCUGCGGAAGAGGCAAGAAGGAAACAAGAGAUAGAGGCUAAGCGAAUACACGUGCGCGAAGCAAGAGAAAAGAGAAGGAAAGAGAAAGAGUUAGCUGAGCAAGCAGCAGAAGCCGUGAGAAGAACAGAGGCAUCGAAAGUGGAGAAGAACAGGCGUAAUGAUGAAGCUCAGAAACAAGUUGGGGAGCCAUCGAAGAAGUGUCUAGAAGUAGAAAACACGGAGACACAACAACACAACCAAGGAGCCAGCAAGCAGACAGCCACGGGGCCACUGGAUGAUGAACCAACACAAGACCAUGCGAAUGUAGGAAGAGCAACAAGACAGAAGCUAGAAGAAGAACCCUCCAGUAAGACGCGAAGCAAUACACCGAAGAAGCAGCCUCGAGAAUCACUGCCAAGGAAAGACCAAAAGGAAGAACAUCCGAAGGCUGAAGAUGAGAACCUCAAUAAGACAGGAACUGACGAAUGCGAUCUCCAGUACGGUCAACCAGCGGACCCUUCCGAGUCCAUUGGUGCCCAGCCAGGGACGAUUGAUAAGAUUUCGAUACCAGUCGACAGCGCAAAAGCGAGCCCGAAGCUGUCCUCAUCAGCGGAUCAGGUUACUAAAGAACAGGUAUCUGAGCAAAUACCGUAUGAGAAGCUUGUGUCCAGUACGAGUAUCCUCCCUUCAACCGCAGUAGCGGUAAAGGGCGAGUCAUCCAGCCCCCUUACAUCAGCCGAGAUGAGACUGGAAAAAUCGACCGCGCCUGAAGGCAUUCAGAACAAUGUGCCUGAAGCGUAUAGUACACAAGAGCUGGGCGAUACCAGUACUGCUAUCAAGGACCGAAUCACAAUGCCUGAGGAUGAACGGUGCGCUCAGACAGUGUCUUCAGCAAAUACCACCCACACAGAAUCGAGCGCAAAGACCGAAGAUCCAGAUGAGCCGCAGUUGCCGCGAUUCGUCAGUCAGGCUCCAGUACUCACAGCACACUCUGAAUCAGUUGCGGAGCCAUCCGUCAGAAUAGAUGAUGUACCUGCAAAAGAGCGGAUAGUCAGUACCUCGAUGUCUUGGUUGGGAAAGCAGGGGAGACAAUUCGUGGAGCUGCUUACCGCAAUCCCGACGUCCAAGCCCACGCUGGAAGAGAAUCCAGAGUACAAUUUUAGCCAAACUGAUAAGGUGGAAUCUUCGCAGCAGUCUUCAAUCGCGCCCAAGAUGGUCCCAGAACUAAGCGCGUCAGUGGAGAAACCAGAGGAAGAUAACAACAGGCUUAAAUCCAAGAUAUCGGUCGAAACACAAUCUCAGAAUCACAUGCGGUCCGAAUCUGUUCCCACCAUCCGUACGGAGACUUUCAAGGCUGCUGCAAAAGAAAGCCCUGUGCCUGGUGGGUGGCAUCAUGAUUUUGAUGAACCAGGACCAGUUCGGAGCCUAAGGAAAGUGCGAUCCAAUGAUCAAUUAGGCAAAGGAGACUUGCCAGUAUUACAGACGGAAGACGCGAAACACAAGCGUGCCUCGUCUGUUAGCGCCAUGGAAAGAAGCAUAUCCGACAUGGGUAGCGCGCCCAUUAAGAAUUGGAGUGAUCAGGAUGCGAUCAUAGCCGACGAGUGGUUCGAAAAUCUGCGCAAGCAUGCACAUGGACUCUUGGACACGUACGAGAACGACUGCUACAAGGCGAAGAAAACAGAGCGGCGUGUGAAGAUCGCUGUACUCGACAGUGGAGUAGCUAGGAGUCCUGCCCGGGGCCCAGUCCCGUCGCUGAUGAAGGGCCCUCGAGUAAAGUUAGGAAAGCAACUGGAUCCAUCCCUGCCUUGGAAUUAUGACAGCAAAGGCCACGGAACCCAUGCCGUUGGUGUGAUCCUCACGGUCUGCCCGUACGCCGAUGUGUAUGUGUACAGGGUUUGUGAAGGUAACGAGCCGAUUAACAGGACGUACGUAGCGGACUCCAUCACCGACGCUGUCGAGAAGAAGAAGGUCGAUAUCAUCAGUAUGAGUUUCGGCUGGGAAGAAAACAGUGACCACAGACUUCGGGCGGCCAUUGAACGUGCCAGAGCCAGCAAUGUUCUACUCUUCGCAGCGAGUUCGAAUGACGGUAUCCGGACAAGAGCCGGCAUGGCGUACCCAGCUCGGGCCUUGGAGGUCAUUGCCGUCGAUGCAGCAGACGUUCAUGGCAACUCGUCCAAGUUCAACCCACCGCAAACAAGAGACAAAGCCAGGUUCACUGCGCUGGGUGAAGCUGUAAGAUCCACUUACCCUAUGCACCUUCCUUCGGAAGAUGAGCCGGGUUGGAAGAGAAUGGUAGGGACAUCUUGCGCGACACCCAUCGCUGCCGGCAUCGCAGGACUAGUAUUGGAGUUCGCCCGUCAGCGGCCGCUUUGCUUCGAACCUUCAAUUGAAGCCUAUCUCAAGUCAGUAGAGGGUAUGAGGUUAAUUUUGACCAAAUGCUUGUCGCUCAAGUAUUCGGACAGCUCACCAUUCAAUCUUCUUGACCCGACAAUAUUGUUCCGUCGAACCGAGAAUUCUGAUGACGGAGGUGGCUUGUCUAACUUUAUGUCUCCACGGUUGAAGGCAGCGAACAACAUCGUGACGAGGCUACAGGAGGAGUACUCGCGAGAUAUCGGAACGCAAAUGUCGGAGGAGCUUGGGAAAGUGUGGGUCGGAGGCGCCUAG